AUGCCCCCAAAGAAAGCGCCCUCCACGUCGAAGAAAACGGAAACUAAGAAAAAGGAGAAAAUCAUUGAGGACAAAACGUUUGGAUUGAAGAAUAAAAAAGGAGCUAAGCAGCAAAAGUUUAUAUCCCAAGUGGAAAAGCAGGUGAAGAGCGGUGGACAACAUAACCUAAACCAGAAUGUAAACGCCAAGAAGGAAGAAAAGGAAAAGAAGCUGAAGGAGCAGAAGGAGCUGGCCAAACUGUUCAAACCGGUGGCGACCCAGAAGCUGGAGGUUGGUGCCGAUCCGAAAUCGGUACUGUGUGCGUUCUUCAAGCAAGGCACCUGUACCAAAGGGGACAAAUGCAAGUUUUCGCACGAUCCUGCCGUCGAAAGGAAAUCGGAAAAGCGUUCGAUUCACGUCGACAUACGCGAUGCCGAUGCGAACGAUACGAUCGAAAACUGGUCCGAGGAGAAGCUGGCCGAAGUCGUUGCCAAAAAGCACGGCAAAGAGAAAACGAUGCCCACUACCACGAUCAUUUGCAAAUACUUCCUCGAUGCCGUUGAACGCUCGCUGUACGGUUGGUUUUGGGAGUGUCCCAAUGGCGAAAAGUGUAUCUACCGUCAUGCCCUGCCACCAGGGUACGUAUUGAAGAAGGACAAGAAAAGGGCCGAAGCACAGAAAGAAGAGAUAUCGCUGGUCGAUUUGAUUGAACGCGAGCGAGCAGCUCUUGGGCCGAGCCAAACGCGCGUGACACUGGAAUCGUUCUUGGCGUGGAAGAAGCGUAAGAUACAGGAGAAGAAGGACAAGUUACAGAAGGAGGAAGAACGCAAGCUGAAGGACUUCAAGGCCGGUCGCCAGAAUGGGCUGUCCGGUAGGGAAAUGUUCAGCUUCAAUCCGGAUCUGGUCGACGAUGGUAUGGACGAUGGUGAAGUGGCAGUCGAAUCGUACGGUCGCAACGAGGAUGAUGAUGAUACGAUUGAGUACAGGGAGCUGGAUUUGAACAUGCUUAGUCUGAACAUCAAAGAUGUCGAUAAUACGGGCACGGUUGCGGAAUCCGAUCGGUGGGAGAAGAUGGCAGCGGAAGCAGCCAGUCGAACUGCCGCGGAAGACGCUGAGGGUGAGAGUGCUGCCGCCGGAACUGCCAACGAUGCCGCACCUAUCAAUGAAAACCUGUUCCUUGAGGAAGAUCUCGAAGGAUUGGAUGACGAGCUUAGCGAUGAUGACGAAGACGAUGACGACGACGAAGCAGAUGGAGACGGUGGUGCUUCUAACGAAACGAGUGAAAAAUCGUGA